GUGAAAGGCAACAGGGGCCAUAAACUGCACAGAUGAGCCCAGGAUUCUCUGUUUGAAUAUUCUCCACCACACUUCAGUUUUGGACACACCUGCUGGGUCUCUUGCCUGCAUGGAUUUGGUGGAACAAAAAACCAUGGAACAGGUUUGAAUAUAAAAAUCAAGGCUGCACUGAGGAUGUACUUAAACUGAAUUUGGCAAAAAAAAAUCCAGGGUUACAGAGACUUAUCCCGUCAUUCAGCCAUGAUUCAAGUGGAUUUGAGGUCAGUCACCCAGCCGGUAGGCAUCAUGCGAAUAAUGGCAACCAUCCUUACUUGUGUGUGUUUCAUACUGGUGGCAAUCGCGGGACACAACCCAUCGUCCUACUGGGUGUGGUGCAUGUUCACCUGGUGCUUCUGUUUCUUCUUCACCCUUCUCAUUCUCAUUCUGGAGUUCACCACGCUUAGUGCCAAGUUACCUUUCGCCUGGGAUGACUUCACCACCGCCUUUGCGAUGCUGGCUGGCCUCCUGUGCUUGACCACCUCCAUCAUCUACCCCAUUUUUUUCACCUGCCACGCCUGUCACCACCAGAUCGCUGCAUCGGUGGUUUCCUGGCUCUGUUUUGGAUUGUAUGCAAGUCAGGUGGUUCUGACACGUCUUCAUCCAAGUGGACAGAUCAGUGGAUUUCUCUCUACAUUGCCCGGCAUAAUGAAGAUGCUGGAGACCUUCCUCGCUUGUCUCAUCUUCACAUCCUUGGAGAUAAACCAUUACACUGGCUCACCAGGACUACAAUGGUGCGUGGCUGUGUACUCCCUGUGUUUCAUCUUUUCCAUAGCCAUAAUUCUGCUCACCACUGGACAGCUGAUCUCUUUUUUUCCAAUCCCAUUUGACAAGGUUGUCGUGGUCUAUAAUAUUUUGGCAGCAGUGAUGUAUACGACAGCUAUGGUGAUCUGGCCACUGUACAGUUUCCGUGGCAAUCAGAGACCUAGUAACUGUGGCCACUUCUGUUCCUGGGAUAAACUGGUGGUGAUCACCUUCAUGACAAUCUUUAACUUUAUUGUCUACACCCUGGACGCCGUCUACUCUCUGCGCAUUGUGUUCUUUAUUAGUAACCAGUAAUAAAUGAAUGUAAACAAGACAUAUUAUUUUGCCCCCUUGACUCAAGUCUUGACUCAAAUGUUGUGCCUUUUGUGCUAAUGUUUUUACAAAAAAGUGAGUACUCAUAAUAUCUACAGUAUGUGCAAAGACAUGGUAAUGGUUAAUGAUUAAAAGUGGCAUCAUUAUCAUAACAGUAAACUAGCCGAGCAGAACUUUGGAUCCUAAUAUACACACUGAAGUGGUGAUAAUAAGACAUAAUUAAAUUAUGCAAAAGGUGAAUGUAUUUUUGCAUGCACGCUUUUUGUCUUUCCAUUUAUGGGUGUUAUAUCUUGGGAUAUAUAAGUAUACAGUAUAUAUAUUUAUUUUGUUUUCAUGCUGAGAUAGGCAACAGGGGCCAUAAACUGCACAGAUGAGCCACAGAUGAGUCACAGCCUGGAUGAGAGGAGAGAGCCAGUAAGAGAUUUACAGAUUAACAAAAAAAAAUAAAAAAUAAAAGAAUGUGUGGGAAAAGUUAACUGGCAAAUCCUUUAUUCAACAGCAGCUGCUGCAUUGGAUUUGUCACUUGGUGUCAUGUUUUCUUUUUUAAAGCUUAUUUUCUUUCUAGGUUUUGUUGUGGGCAUCAAUUCUUUUCUUUUUUAAUCAUCUGGAAAUUAAUAACGUCAUCCACGUCUCACCUGUAAUCCUGCAGCCAUUGUGCCACCCUGUAAACCAAUCUGUGUGAGUGAACUCCAGGAAAAACUAAGUGAAGCGUGCAAAGUUUUCCUUUCUUUAAAAGUCAGUCUGUCCACCAACGAGUCUAUAUGUGGCAGAUGAGACCGCAGUGUACAGAGGGCAGGGUCUGCUUUGAUUUGAAUUACAACAAAUUACAAAAAAGUUUUAUCUGAACCAGUAAAACCAGUACUUGAGGUGACAAUAAUUACCUGGAGAAACAAAUCUAUUACUAAGUGCAUACACAUUUGCACCGAACACAUGGUAACUGGAAAGACCUGAAGUCUUUCAACACCCAGUAUGUUAAUACUGUGAUCCUCUAAGGUGAGUCCAAUUGACAGAGUAACAGAGAGUCAACCAACAGACGCUGAGUCACUCAUUGUCACACCGACCCCGUUUCCUUUUUCGUGGUCAUUAUCUUCUAUCAGUGGCCUUUAAAUCAAACACAGCAGACUCCCAAUGCCCUCUGGGGCUGAGCGUGAACACUGUGAAUAUUAAUCACCACAGUUAAGAUCAGACCACUGGAAGAGUGUAAAAACAAAAAAAACUAAAAAAAUGGUCUGUUUGUGUAAACACUACACUCGCAGGUCACAUUAUUAGGCACACAGGUCUUCUGCCGAAGCUCAUCGCUUACAAGGUUUGACAUGCUGUGCGUUCUAAAAGGGUCUUCUGCAUAAUUUGGCUGGAACAAAUGGACAUUUAUGUUACUGUUACCGUCCUGUCAUGUGAUAGCUACCCAUUGGAUUUUUAUAGAUCAAUCAAACCCAAAUCCAAGCUCUCUUUUCUCAUUAAACAACCUGCUCUAUGUCUGUUAGCUCCCGGGAAAUCUUGUGCAGUUUUCUUGUUUUUAGGCGUCUUCCUAGGUUUUAAUAUCCCUGGUUUUAUGUUUCAGAAAUUCUGAAUGUUUUUAUUGAAUUUAAAUACACCAAAUGGACUGUUGACGACACAAUGAAAUGAUCUGUUUGAUUCGUAUGAUUCAAGUAUGUGGGUUUUUAUAUUAAACGUCACCUGGUGUGGCACUGCUGUCCAAGGCAAAUUACCCUGUGGAAUAAUUAUGUAAAUCUUAAUUCUUCAGUCUUGAAACUGUCCAUUAUCCUCUGACUAAACAACCUUGUCAUUUUCGGUCAUUUAAAUCACUUUUUUCUCCCAUUAUCGUGGUCAGUUUGAUCUUGGCUAUCUCCAUAUGCCUAGUUGUACCUAAUAAAGUGGCAAGUGAGGGUAUAAGUCUGGUUAUAUACCAUAUCUAUGUAUGAUAUGAAUCAUAUGCUUUAAAAAUGGUGACGCUGGACUGGGUACAGUCAGCUUUCAUGAACAGGAAACAGUGAAAGCUCCAGGAUUAAAUCUUCUGUCACAGUGUAGCCAGUAGGAAAACUGGUCCACUAAUCUGCUGCUGUUAUUUCUGUUCUAUCAUUGACAAUUAUUAGUAUAAACAAAACUAAUCUAUGCAAUGAAAUUAGAGCCGUGCAGAUAAUGCAAUAAAAAUGAACCGCUACAUUUAAA